CCUUCUCUCACGCACCACUCCGUCUCUCCACCUUCUUCAACCUUUACUCUAUCUCCUCUGACCCUACAUCCCCUCUCCGACACUCACUCUCUACCAUUCGUGCUCGCACUCUCACACUCACACUCAUUCUCCUUUCUCACCUCAGAUCUACACCUCGCCCCGUCAUCGGUUCGGUACAGCUCCACCUCCUCCUCCGCCGCCCAAGAUGAAGCUCCACUUUGUAUUCCUCGCCCUAUCCCUCGCCUUGAUCCCCUCCACUACCGCCUUCGAGGGAGGACAGGCCGCUCUCAGUCAGCGAGACAAACCAUCCGGUCAAAGCAACGACGAAGGCUCUGGUAAAAUGUCAGGUCUCCAAGAGGCUAUGGACGAUGCUAUGUCUGCCAUUCAAGAUGCCAUGGGCAGCGCCGAUGACGGAGCAAGCUCUGGAAUGCAACAAGCAGCCGAUGAGAUGGCCAAUGCUCAGGACAUCGCCAACCAAUUCUUCGGCACCAAGGAUAGCGGCGAGGACACCAACGAGGAUAGCAACGAGGAUUCUAACGAAGACAGCGGCGAGGUCAACAACGACAAUGGUAAUAGCAAGCGACAGGCUAGCCUGUCUGACGAUGCCAAGACUGCUCACAAGGGAGCCUCACAAGACCUCAAUGCCGGACUCCAAGGAGGGAUGCUAGACCUCAAGUCCGCUCAGCGCACCGCUAAUCAGUUCAUCGGCAGCAAGAACAAGAGGCAGAUGGCACCCCCUGCUGGUGCUCCCGCUCAACAAUCUCCCUUCAGCGGCUUCAAGGGCUUCUUCGACCAGCUCUUCGGAUCAAAGGGUCAGCAGCCUUCAGCAGCAGGCAGUACUCAAGGCGAGGACAAGCCAAAGGAUGCCAAGCCUGAGGCUGCAGACAAGCCCGAGGACGACAAGCGUAAGACUGAAGACAAGCCCAAGGACGACAAACCUCAGACUGAAGACAAGCCCAAGGAUCCCAAGUCCGAGCCCCAAGACAAGCCCAUGGAUAACAUGGCCAAGCCCCAAGACAAGCCCAUGGAUAACAUGGCCAAGCCCGCGGAUGACAAGACCGUGGCUGAAUCCAAGACUAAGGACGGCAAAGUCGAGGCUGAUUCCAAGACCAAGAACGGCCAAGUCGAGUCUCAGGAUACCAAGAUUGACGAAGACAGCAAAGGCAAGGACACCGCACCAGCGUCUCACGAUACUAAGUCUGCCAAGGACGCCGUCGGUAGCGCACAAAACCAAGAUUCUGCCCAGCCUGCUCCCCUGGCUCGUCGAGGUGUCCACUUCAACAAGCCGAAGCAUCAAGCUGCUUUCCACGUCGCCAGGGACAUCCCAGAGAAGCGCCGUGCUCGACCUUCUGGCGACAACGCUCAUAGGCCUUCUCAGACCAGCUACUACAAGACCAAAUCGGUCAAUGCUUUCCUCUCUUCCGCUUUCGCUAUGGAGACUCAGGAGACAAAGGAUGGCCAGAGCUGGCUACACGACAUCACUGGCAAGUACGGUCGAGAGGUUGCUGAAAAGCGCCAAGCCUCCGAGAAGGUCAACGCUGGCGAGUCCAGCGCUCAGAUCAAGAGGCGAAGGGACCACGACGCCGACAGCUACAAGGAAAUGACCAGCAGCGGAGCCAUCUCAUGCUGUGACGACACCAUUGCCAGGAUCUUGGCUGCUUUCGUACCCGUCGCCACCUUCGUCCUUAUCAUCGGACUCUACUAAAUGAGUAAACUGCCAUCUUCCCGGUCUGCCACAUCGGUCAACCUCUUCACAGACGCACCCGUGGCCCGGUCAGAUCUCACCUUGAUCCUCUGUCAGGCAGCUAUUCCCUUUUCGCUUUCUACCCACCAUCGCAGUGGUAUUCCCCUCCUUCGUCUAGCCUAUCUCCUUCUUUGCCAAUAUACCCUC